AAUUAUCAAAUAGUAUUAUUGAUUAGUAGAGGAUGGAGGAGGAGAAGAAGGCUUCAACUUCGAGUUCGAGUUCAAAAGAUGAGAAGGCAGGGAGUGAGGGAGACGAAAAUGACGAAAAAGAGAUGAAAAGGGAAGAGGUUCGUUACAGAGGGGUUCGGCGACGUCCCUGGGGUAAAUAUGCAGCGGAGAUACGGGACCCUUCAAGGCGUGGUGCACGUCUAUGGCUUGGAACGUUCGAAACGGCGAAGGAUGCAGCACAUUCUUAUGAUCGAGCGGCGUUCGCAUUGAGGGGUCAUCUUGCCAUCCUUAACUUCCCCAAUCAACACUACUCUUCCUCUUCUUCUGCUUCUGCUUCUGUGUCUGCAUCUGCAUCUGCUAGUGGAGGAGAGAGUUCAUCAACUAGAGCCGGAAGAGAAGGAGAUGUCAUUGAGUUUGAGUAUCUGGACGAUAAGAUUCUGGAGGAGCUUCUCGCAGUGGAGGACACCAAGAACCCGACGACAACUUAG